GUGGAAUCCCCAAUCCAUGAAACCCUAGCUACAGUGACUCAGAAUGUUCCUGCAGCUACUGCGAAUCCUCCGGCCUUGCCUCGUUAGGAAGCCCGGUUACAAAACAGAAGGAAUCGGUCCCCUCUUUUGAGCAGACUCGUUCUUCAGCAGAGUUUUGGAAAGGAUUUGUAAAACCUUCACAAGUCAAGCUCCAGCCCAAAGAAACCCCCUUCCUCUUGGAAUCAGGAGAAGCGUGUAUCACCAUCCCGAAUGCCGUGGUGGAAAAGAACAAGAAGGCUUGGGAAUGUUUCAUUCUGGGUCAGUUCUAUGAAGAACCUCUGGCACGUGGAGCUGUUCAUGCCAUUGCUAAUGGUAUUUGGAGCAGGCAAAGGAGAGAUAUUUCAGUAUCUAAAAUGGAAGGAAAUGCCUACCUAUUUCGAGUACCUUGUCCUAAUGCCAGGCGCAGAAUCCGUAGCCAAAGUAUAUGGCAGUUUGAUGGACAAACUAUGUUUGUUGCAAAGUGGGCUCCGGGUAUCCAGCAAAUGAAACCUGAACUCGAGAUGGUGCCCGUAUGGCUUGAGCUCACUGGUGUUCCUCUACAAUUUUUCAACUCUGACGCUCUCCAAGAGAUUGUGGGAAUCGUGGGCCACCCGGUCUGUUUGCAUCCUUCAACGGAGAACCUUACAAAUAUAGAGGUUGCAAAGGUCUAUACAGUAAUUGACCCGAGGAAAGAGUUGCCUAAAUUUGUAAAUGCAAGAUUUGAAUAUGGAGUGACAAGAAGAAUUGGUGUCUCCAGCCCCUGGCUUCCCUCGCAAUGUUCUUUCUGCAAGAAAUUGGGUCACACCAUAACUCGUUGCAAGUCUGCUCCUCGUACCUGUACUGCGUGCAACUCAGUCAGGCACACAACAGAAAAUUGUCCAAGAGGCCUAAACAUCCCCUCGAAAGACAAGAUUAAAGAUAAAGGAAAGGCGCCAAUCAAAAGCCUUCUCCCUAUUGUCCCUCAGCCAAAGCGAGUUUCACAGCCAAAACGAGGUUUUCAUACCACGCCAAUUUAUAGGGAAGUGCGUAAGAUUGCAGCGCCUCCUCUGGCUUCAUCAGCGCUUCAAACAGCUUCUGUUGAGGCUUCUCUACUUGCCUCCCCCGUGACCCCUGAUCUGGGCACUAUUACUACAGUUUAUGAUCUAAAUAGAGGGAAGCUUUAUGUAGAUUUCACAGGACUGGCUGAUGCUCAAUUGGCCUCUCCCGCUGCUUCAGGUGAGUCCUCCUCAGAUAUGGAGAUUACUUCUGAGGAUGAAGACGAUCCGGAUGAUCAUCAUGAUCAGUUCAUUGAUGUUAUUUCUAAGCGCUCCAAGAAGCAGGCUAAAGAAAAAGAGAAAUCGAAGGCUGGGGUUAGAGGCCCUUUAAUCCUCUAAUUUUUCUCCUCUUAUAUGGAUAUUUUUUUGUUGGAACAUAAGAGGUUUUAAUGAUUAUGUAAAGCGGUGUGGUUUUAGAAAAUGGUUCAAAAAACAUAAACCUAUAUUCGGAGGUCUCAUUGAGACACAUGUACAGCCGGUUAAAGCUGCGACUAUAGUAUCUCGUACGCUUCCGGGUUGGUCUUUUGAAAAUAACUACG